UGGUAGUUUUUAAACCGGACGCAUUUGAUGCUUCCUCAGCAUCAUUGGAAAGUUGAGUCCAUCUUUUCAAACUUCAAGGACUGCGUUUUGAAUUUUAAUCUUCUACUUCUGCAAAAAGUUUUCGAUAAUGGCUGAAGUUGAAGGAAACGUGGAUGUUCAACAGAUGGUACAUGCUCUCUCGAAAGGUUAAUGAGGAGGAAGAGAUGCUAAAGUAUUUGGGAUUUGUCCAAGUGGGUGCAAUUUAUGCCAGGUCUAGCUUCAAAAACCUCUACGUUUAUGCCAAGGACAAGUCUGGUCCAUUCAAGCCCGGUGUCGAGACUGUUGCGGGUACCGUUAAGAACGUGGUUAGACCUGUUUAUCAUAAGUCCCGUGAUGUUUCCAACGAGGUUCUCAAGUUUGUAGACCGCAAGGUUGAUGAAACUGUCACUACUCUAGAUCGCUAUGUUCCUGAAAAAGUCAAGCAGGUGCCUGCUCAAGCUUAUUCAGUAGCUCGAGAGGCUCCCGGAGCUGCUCUUGCUGUGGCUUCUGAAGUUCAGCGUACUGGUGUGAUUGAAACUGCUUCUGGAUUGGCAAAAAAUGUGUACACAAAGUAUGAACCCACGGUCAAGGAGCUCCAAUCCAAGUAUGAACCAAAAGCGGAGGAAUUUGCGGCCAAUGCCUGGCGCAAGCUCAAUGAGCUGCCACUCGUUCCUCAAGCGGCAAAUGUAGUUGUACCGACUGCUGCUUAUUUUUCUGAGAAAUACAAUGAGACUGUUCGUAGCACAGCUGAGAAAGGAUUUAGGGUGUCGUCGUUUUUGCCUUUAGUGCCCACCGAGAGAAUUGCUAAGGUGUUUGGAGAUAAGGGAUCACAAUCCGAACCAGUUGCUUCCAGCUGAACAAAGAUGAUGUGCUCGAGAUUGCGUGUUGGAUUUGAUUAUAUAUGUUGUCACUUGUUUGGCUUGUUGUCGUGGGUGUGUUUAGAAUAUCUGCGUGUGCGUGUGCGUGUGUUUGUGUUUGUUUCCCUAUAUUAAGAAGCAUUUAAAGCCACUUAAGUCCCACUGUCAGAACUAAACUCGAAAUUUUAAGCCUAGAUAUUCGAGCUUGAGUGCCAAA